CACUUUAAAAAGCGGCAAACAUUCUUGUUUGAUCAUAAGUUACUCAUUCUCGUCCGAGCUGCUGCGAAGAAUUCGAGAGGCUUUCAGAAUCUUGUGACAAGGCGUGUAAACGAAAGCAAGAUAAACAUGAAAAUGUCCACAGUUUUGGUGCUUUGUAUCGUGGCAAUGUGUGCCAUGGACUUCUUUGUGACAGCUGGCAAAAUUGAGGCUGAGCGAAGACAAUUUGGCAGACUCGCGAGAUUGAAAGGUGAAGGAAUGCCUGCCGAAAGAAGGGGAGAGACAGCUGAAGCAAUGGCGGCCGAAAGAAGGGCACAACCAGCUGAAGCAUGGGUGGCCGAAAGAAGGGAACAACCAGCUGAAGGAAUGCCGGCCGAUAGAAGGGAACAACCAGCUAAAGCAUGGGUGGCCGAAAGAAGGGAACAACCAGCUGAAGGAAUGCCGGCCGAUAGAAGGGAACAACCAGCUAAAGCAUGGGUGGCCGAAAGAAGGGAACAACCAGCUGAAGCAAUGGCGGCCGAAAGAAGGGAACAACCAGCUGAAGCAAUGGCGGCCGAAAGAAGGGAACAACCAGGUGAAGGAAUGCCGGGCUAUUGAACGGGACAAAAAGUUUCAGGUGAAGAGGUGCCGGCCGAAAGAAGUAUUUACAGCACCCAUGGCAAGUAGCUUGGAGGAGGGAUCAGCAGAAAUGUUUCUGUAGUAAAUAUUGCCAUAACCGUAAUAAAGACUAAUUGCUGAAUAGAA